AUGCAGCAGCCACCAGCGGCCACCAAGCAGACAACAGAGGUCCAUAGACGUUCCACAAAUGAUGGCCGACACCAGACGACCAUCGUCUGGCGGAAUGUUCUCCUGCUGGGCUCGGUGCACCUCUUGGCACUUGCUUCGCUCUACUCCUUUCUCCACAUUUGCUGGUGCACCCUCUUUUACGUCUACACGCCCACGCUCUUUGUCAAUCUCAUUGGCGUCACCGCAGGCGGACACAGACUGUGGGCUCACAGAGCGUACAAGGCCAAGCUGCCGUUGCGCAUCUUCCUCAUGAUAUGUCAGACAAUUGCACUGCAGAAUGACAUUUACGUCUGGGUCCGCGACCAUCGAGUGCACCACAAGUUCAGCGAAAGUGACGCCGAUCCGCACAAUGCCAGUCGUGGAUUCUUUUUUGCCCACAUGGGAUGGCUACUCUGUCGAAAGCACCCCGAUGUCAAAUUAAAAGGAGCCAGCAUUGACCUGUCUGAUUUACGUGAGGAUCCAGUGGUCAUGUUUCAACAUCGGUACUACCUUCCGCUGGUGGUCAUCUUCUGGUUUCUCCUUCCGACUCUCAUUCCGUAUCUGCUUUGGAAUGAGAGCAUUUUGCAUGCCUUCCUCACCUGCGUCUGCUUCCGUUACGUUUUUGCUCUUCACUCCACGUGGACUGUAAACUCCAUUGCUCACCUUUAUGGCCACCGACCGUAUGACAAAAGAGUGCAACCGAGAGAGAACGAAUUUGUCAUUUACGCUUCAUUUGGAGAGGGUUACCACAACUUUCACCACGUCUUCCCCUACGACUACGCGACAAGCGAGUUUGGCUGGUUGCAGACAUUCAAUCUGACCACUCUGCUGAUUGACUUCUUUGCGUACAUUGGCCAGGUGGAGCAGAGAAAGACGGUGCCCAGGCACAUUGUGCAGAAACGAGUGGAGCGGACGGGCGACGGUCUGCCGAACCAGCGAAUCGCCCUUCUUCACCAGUUGACUGGCAUACUGCUGGGCACUGUGGCCAUCUGGCUGCCUUCUAGUCUCCGAAUUUUACUCAACUACCUGCACAAUCGCCAUCUGCUUACGUAA